CCGCGUUGUACACGCCAGCAUCCGCAGCAACGAUCCAAUGAGAAGUCCGUUUUCGUAUCUCCAAAUUGAAGCCAAUCAGCUAAUUCCGGUCUCCUAUAAAACGACUGCUUCCACACUCAACGGUAUCGCUACAUUCGACCAUUCGACUCUGCAACACUGAACGUCUCGUCUACGCUGAAAACCUCAUACCGAAACAUCAACCAUGAAGGUAGUAAUCUCCUCGCUCAUGCUUCUGGCUCUGCUCCAGCUGGCUACUUCUUACUGCCGAACGGCUGGUGUUGAAACUGGGGAGUGUGUGAAGAACCUGCCACUUUCUGCACCAUUCAAGGAUAUUAAUUAUGAGGCGGUAACAACUGAAGCCGACAAGGAAAACAUCGUAUGCUGUGGCGUGAAAUAUAUCAAUGGCUGCGUCGACAAGCACUUCGCUACACGAUGCCCUCAGCUAGCUGCUGAAACCAAGCAGUUUGCUGGCAAUGCCUUCCUGCGAGCCACGGGGUCUGGUCUGACUUGCCAAGGUGCCUUGCCAACAAACUGCGAAUCGUUGCCGUCCCUCUUCAGCGCGUAAGCGAUGGGCGUCCUCAUGUGUAGCAGAUUAAAUAAACCUGCAGGCAUU